CUCAUAACCUCAGCACUUAUAACCGUCUACGUAGAACACCAUGGCAGUCGAACAGUGGGAGACAAUUGUGCAACAGAAGCAGGCCGACGCAGCCGCAAAGAUCCCCCAGGCAUGGCGGCUACCGGCUGAGUUUACGGAAAAUGUGUCCAAAACAACCCCGACCAAUGUGCUCGAUGUGCCUCGCAAAUGUGGCUUGCUGUCUGCGAAACAAUUGGAAAUUACUGAGAACUAUGACGCCACGGCCAUGCUCGAGCAGAUUCACUCCGGAAAGUAUACCGCCGUUGAAGUCGCCGAGGCGUUUUGCCUUCGGGCGGCCAUCGCACAGCAAGUGACGCGCUGUUUAACAGAAACCUUCUUUGAUCUUGCUUUGGAGCGAGCAAAGGAGCUGGAUGAGUAUUUCCAGUCUACGGGCAAGGUCCGCGGACCGCUGCAUGGUUUGCCCAUCAGUCUUAAGGACUGCUUCAAUGUUGCAGGCGUUCCGAGCACCAUCGGCUUCACUGCCUUCGUCGCACACGGUCCCGUCAAGAACAAUUCUUCCGUCGUCCAGAUUCUUCUGGACUUGGGCGCGGUGCUCUAUGUGAAGACCAAUGUUCCCCAGACAAUGAUGGCUGCCGACUCCCACAACUACGUCUUUGGUCGCACCCUCAAUCCCAACCGAACCAGCCUCAGCGCCGGCGGAUCAUCCGGUGGCGAAGGUGCUCUAAUCGCCAUGCGUGGCUCAAUCCUAGGUGUAGGCACCGACAUUGCAGGUUCCAUCCGAAUUCCCGCAAUCUUCGACGGCACCUUCGCCCUACGCCCAUCCAUCCACCGAAUUCCCUACGGAGGCCAGACAGGCUCCGGGCGUAAAGGUCUCGCAGGCAUCCGACCCUGCGCAGGCCCACUAGCGACCUCAGUGCGCGACCUCGGUCUAUUCAUGAAACUAGUCGUGGGCGCCGAUCCCUGGCAAUACGACUCCUCGACCAUAUUCAGCACCUGGCGAUCCGCACCCCCGAAAGAAACUCUCCGACUCGGCUUCAUCCUCGAAGACCCCCACUUCCCCGUGCACCCUCCCAUUCUCAACACCCUAACCCGCGCAGUCGACGCCCUGAAAGCCGCCGGCCACGAAGUCAUCAACCUAGCCACCCCUUCUCUCAAAGAUGCCCUCCUUCUCGGCUUCCGGACCUUCGCUAUGGACCCGGCACGAACCGCUUUCAGCCACAUCACCAAGAGCGGCGAGCCACGCAUCCCUGCUCUGGCAACUACCGACCUACCGAGUGCUGAUUUGCCAUAUGAAUGGGCCCCACAUACGCUGGAAUCUCUCUAUGAUUUGAGCGUGCAGCGGGAGACGAUGUGUGAGCAGUUCCGACAGCUGAUUGUCCAGAACAAGAUCGACGCAAUCAUUAUGCCAGGAUAUCAGGGUACUGCGGUGGCACAUGACAUGGUGGGAUGGGUGCCAUAUACAGUUUUGGCUAAUGUUUUGGAUUAUCCGGCUACGGUUAUUCCAUACAGAAAGGCGAACAAGGCUGAUGACGCCAAGUAUGUGAGGGACGUGACGUACCGACCUCCGUAUGUUGCAGACGAUGUCGAAGGCGCGCCAUGCUGUGUGCAGCUCAUGGGCAGAACGAUGCAUGAGGAGGAGCUCUUGCGGGAUACUGCGACCAUUGCCAAGGUUUUGGGGAAAUAAAGUGAAAAAUUAGGCAAAGGGUAUAGCAUACCUAGAACUGG